CACAAAGCACUAUUGUGCACAAACAAAUUGAGCAACGAUCUGCUGAGAGCGACCAUGGACCUCGCAACGGGGGCCAUGGGCAGCCUGCUCCUCAAGCUUGGCGACCUCCUCACGGAGGAGUACAAGAUGCAAACGGGCAUCAAGCAAGAUGUUGAGUAUCUCAAGAGAGAGCUGACAAGCAUGUACGCAGCCCUCCGCAAGGCUGGGGACGUCCCGCGGGACCAGCUCGACGAGUUGGUUAAGCUUUGGGCCGACGAAGUCAGGGACUUGUCGUUCAUAAUGGAGGACAUCGUCGAUAAGUUCCUGGUACGCGUCGAGGGAGCUGAACCUGCCAUCAAGCCACGCAAAAUCAAGAAGCUCAUGAAGAAGAUGGGAAACUUGUUCACCAAGAGCAGGACUCGCCAUGAGAUCUCCGAUGAGAUCAGGGCAAUCAAGGUCCGUGUCAAGGAGGCGGCUGAUCGGCGUGAUAGGUACAGGGUCAAUGAUGUGGUUCCAGUUACCACAUCCACGGUUGACCCUCGCCUAUUGGCUCUGUACAAAGAUCGGAAAGAGCUUGUUGGAAUUGAUGGGGCCUUCAACAAGCUAACCGAUAUGCUGUCAGAUGGGGAUAAUGAUGUGUCCAAGAAACUCAAGAUACUCUCUAUUUUCGGAUUCGGGGGGCUUGGCAAGACUACUCUUGCCAAAGCAGUGUAUGAUAAGCUCAGAGGGCAGUAUGAUUGCAGUGCUUUUGUCCCAGUUGGAAGGAACCCUAGCCUGAAGAAACUUCUUAUGGACAUUCUCUGUGGAAUUGACAAUCAAAUGUGCCAAAAUUCCAAUUUAUCGGCAUUGGAUGAAAGGCUGUUGAUUGAUAAACUUCGAGAAUUUCUCGAGAGCAAGAGGUACUUCAUCGUUAUUGAUGAUAUAUGGGAUACGGAAAUAUGGAAAACAGUCACGCUAGAACCACUUUCUCAUGAUUUAUCUGAGGAGUUAUUCCAGACAAGAUUAUUUGGUGGUAAAAACAAAUGCCCUCAUGAUCUGCCAACAAUGGCAUACGGUAAAAUUUUACAUAAAUGUGGUGGUGUACCGUUAGCUAUAAUCACCAUGGCUAGUCUGCUCGUCAAUAAACCAAUGGAUUUUUGGUCUAAGGUAUACAACUCAAUUGGUUUUGGGCACGAAGAUAACAAAGAUAUUGAGAACACGAGAAAAAUACUUCUGUUUAGCUAUUAUGAUCUGCCUAGCCACUUAAGGACAUGUUUACUGUACAUGAGCAUAUACCCAGAGGACCACUUUAUCAAGAAAAAUACUUUGAUAUGGAAGUGGGUAACCGAAGGUUUUGUCCAUGAGGAAACAGGGGCGGGAUUAUAUGAGAUUGGCGAGAGAUACUUCACUGAGUUGGUAAACAGAAGCAUGAUACUGCCGGUAGAGACCCCGUAUCAGGGCAUCAUAUUUGGUUGUCGAGUCCAUGAUAUGGUGCUUGAUAUGAUCUGUCUACUUUCAAGGGAAGAAAACUUUGUUACUAUAUUGAGUAGCAACGAGCAAUACACGUCUUCACAUAGUAAUGCUCGCAGGUUAGCAGUUGGACAGAGAGUCCAAAGUCUGGACAGCACACGUAUGCCACAAGUAAGGUCAUUUAUUGCCAUGUGCAUUAGUGAUCAGUUGCCACUGCUUUCAUGUUUUAAAGUCUUACGUGUCCUAGAUUUAGAAGGCGUCAUGUCCCGCCGUGGCCCUAUCUAUCUUGGGUAUCUUGGAAAGUUAGUUCACUUGAGGUAUCUCGGGCUGCAGAAUAUGCACGUUUGUGUGCUCCCUGAAGAAAUAGGAGAUCUGAAGUUGUUGCAGGUGCUGGACCUGAGUGGAAAUGGCGACUUAACUGAACUGCCAUGCAGUAUUGGUCUACUAAGUCAACUCAAGUGCCUGAACAUUGAGGGAACCGACAUAAAAGUGUUAGAUUGGAUCGGGAGCCUGACAUCCCUGGAAGAGUUGUGUCUGACAAGGGUUGAAGACAAAGAGUUCUCAAGCUUAUUUGUGAAUGAGCUAAGCAAGCUGACAGAUGUGAGGAAGCUCCGCAUUAGUCGGGUUUUAUGCUUAUAUAGUGCUAGCUCAAUAAGAACUUGUGCGGAGUCAUUGGCCAAACUGCAGAAAAUCCAAGUCACAGAUAUUUUUAGAAUGGACUUAGCGAUUUCUGUCAGUGGCAACAGCUGGUUGGAAGGUUAUGUGCCCCCUCCGCAACUCUGUGUUCUACGCAUGUCAUGCAGAGAAUGUGGGCUGUUAGCAAAGAUUAGUUCCUCACUUCUUCUGAACCUCACCCAUCUAUCAAUACAUGUGGAGAGUUCAGAUCUGAAGAUCUUUGGACUACUUCCAGAGCUUGUUACCCUCCGGUUGUACAUGGUCGACGUUCGCCACCAUGGUGUCAUGGGGGGUGCAGGUGCAUUCCCGAAGCUGAGGUUUUUCAAGACAGACGCAACGCUCGGCCAGUUUGCAGAAGGAGAUAUGCCACGCCUUAAAUGGCUCCAGUUCAGCGUCACAGUGUGGAGUAAGUAUGAAAACCUUCACUUUGACUUUGGUAGCUUGGGGAAUCUCCCAGAGCUUGAGAAAGUCACAGCCCGUGUAUGUUGUGGCCUUGAUGUGGACACCGACAAGGUUGAUGAAGCGGUGAAGCACGCAAUUGAGAUCCUCCCCAAGCGUCUCGUUCUUCGUUUCGCACAUCAAGACAUGUUUCCAGACGAAGAAAAGGAAAUUGAGGUCCUCCCCAACCCCAAGCGUGGUUUCCCGUCUGAAGAAGACGAAUUCUGGGACCUCUCAACAGGGAGGAGAGACGUGUGGAUACCUUAUGCCAGCCUGUCGUCGUUCGUGGAGGUGUCGGAGGUCUGCCCCGGCCUGAGCUGCAGCGGCAGCAGCAACAUCGACGCCGCCGCCAACGCCGGACACGAUCUCCCGUCGCCGGCAGCGGCACCCGUUGCAGCGACGCUGGCGCAGGCGCAAGCAGCUCACGCGACGAAGAAGGUCGGCGGCUACACGUGGUUUCAGGAAGCAGAUCCGGUACGAGUCCCGCAAGGCCCGCGCCGACGGCAGGAUGAGGAUCAAUGGCCGCUUCGCCAUGUCGCCGUGUCCUCGUUCAUGGCGAAGGGGGAAGAGGCGGGGAAGAGGAGAGCUGUGGAAGAGGAAAGCACGAGAACAGAGGUGUCGGUCGGGGGAAUAAAGAGUUGCUUCCUUUCUUCACAGAACCAGAGGAUGUGGCAGGUUUUUGGACAACACAACGAGAAGACAUCGUUACUCUUCGGGAAUAACUGA